AUGGGCUACGAAGGAAAGGUCCGAGGACGUCGGAAAGCUCCGUUUCCAAGGUCGAUUCUAGACCGUCCAUGUUUUCUGGAAGCACUCGACGAGGCUGGAAUUUCGUUGAAACAAGUGCAUGUUGACGCAUUCUACCAAGCACUGCAUCGAGAGCACUAUCCUUCCCUUCCUGAUUUUGUCAAAAGAUAUUACGAGAAUGAGAAGAAUGUCGUUGUUGAGAAUGAAAAACCUCAGAGACAAAAGAUUACCAAGCGGAAGAAUCGCAACAAGCUCAAUCUGCCAAAGAAACUUCUUCAGUUUCUGGAAACGACAAACGAUUUCGUCACCAAGACGUCAACGAUAAAGGAAAGACACACCUCAAUGGACAAGUCUACCACGAAACUAAUAAUUGAACUAUAUGACGGAAUGGUUGUUGAAACUGUUCUCAUGCGAUACGAAAGAAAAGGAGACGGCAGAGCAUCCCUAUGCGUCUCGUCUCAGGUUGGUUGUGCUAUGGGUUGCACGUUCUGUGCAACUGGGACCAUGGGAUUGUCAGGAAACUUGACCACCGGGGAGAUUCUAGAGCAAUUGAUCCAUGCCGACGGUAUCCUAGCGGAGGAGUUUGGCUUACGAGAAGACAAAUCGAAGAGGGUGGAUUUCGUUCGAUCUAUUGUAUUCAUGGGAAUGGGCGAACCUCUUGAUAAUUAUUCCAACGUUGUAGGGGCUGCUCGGUCGAUGAUGGACAGGAGACGAUGGAAUAUGGCGCAUGGACGUGUGACAAUCUCAACCGUUGGUCUCGUUUCCCAGAUCCGAAAGCUGACCAAAGAGCUUCCUGAGGUGUCCUUGGCGCUUUCAUUGCAUGCUCCCAAUCAGGAUGCUCGCACAGCGAUUGUACCCACUGCAGCUCGGUACCCGAUUGAAGAAUUGAUCGAUGCGCUUGACGGUCACAUGACGGCCUAUUUGGGAGAUCGACAAAACGACAAAGGAAUUACAGUCGAAGAACGAAUCAAAGAAAGUUCUAGACGUCGUGCCAUGAUCGAAUACGUGAUGCUGGAAGGCGAGACUUCGUCCUUCGAAUGCGCCCAUCAGCUUGGAAAGCUAUGCGAAAAUCGUCACUUGGUGGUCAACUUGAUUCCAUACAAUUCGACAGAUGUCCGAGAUAAACUUCGAUGUCCAUCGAACGCUCACUUGCAAGAAUUUCGAGACAUUGUUGCCUCUUAUGGAUCCUUCUGCACCAUCCGAAGAACUAUGGGAGCCGAUAUUGCGAGUGCUUGUGGCCAACUGGUGAAGAAGAUCGACAAGGACGAGAGAAAUGAAGCAAUUGAUAUCGAAGAUGUAGCCGGACCACAAAAUUCGCUUGCUAAUAAGACGAAGAAAGGCAAGGUAUCAACACGGCAGGUAAAAACGAAAGCUGCCGAGCCAUCUUCAUCGAGUUGGAUUGAAUCCCUAGGAGAAGAUGAAUUGAAUGUUUUGGAGAACACUCUUUCAGUUGCAUUGGGGAUUUCUGCAUCCUGUUUUCUCCUUUCAAGUUUGGUUUAUUUCAAGAGAAGAUGA